UAUAAAAUCAAUGACAAAUUUCCUCCUGGUUUUCUUUUUGUUCCUUGGUUCCUUAGCAGCCACCCAAGUUUCUUCUAGCCGGGGCAGCCUUUCCUGGUUCAGUUAAAGUCACUGGCACCAUCCCCAGGAAGAUGGAAUCUUCAACAAAGAUGCAAAUGUCUACUCUUAUUUCUUCCAGGCACCUUUUUGCUCCAGCCUACACAGAAACCUGCUACACGGCAAGUGGCAGCCCUCAAACCACCCCGCUGAAGUCUGAGGAUCAUUGCUUUUACCACGGGACUGUGAGGGGAGCCGAAGAGUCCAGCGUCACGCUCAGCACCUGCCGGGGAAUUAGAGGACUGAUUAUCGUGAGAAGUAACCUCAGCUACAUCAUCGAGCCUGUCCCCGACAGCGACAGCCAACACCGUAUUUACAGAUCUGAACAUCUCAAGCUGCCCCCGGGGAACUGUGGGUUCGAGCACUCCAAGCCCACCGCUAAGGAUUGGGCCCUUCAGUUUACACAGCAAACCAAAAAGCAACCUCGCAGAAUGAAACGGGAAGAUUUACAGUCUAUGAAGUACGUGGAGCUUUACCUGGUGGCUGAUUACUCAGAGGUUGUGCCAGCAGAGUGCUUGGCAUCGGGCUGCAGCCCCGAGCCAGAGCUGCUCCUUAUUCUGGAGUUCACAGCAGAAGCCCCAAACCCUUGUCACUCUGGAGCAUGGCAGCUGCUGAAAUGGUCCCUUGGCGAUGCUUAGAAUGCACACAGAGGAUCUGAUGUGGCUGGGGGACUCGGGAAAGCCUCUCUGAGGUGGUGAUGGUGCAGGUGGCAGCUUGCAUAUAAAGCUUCAGUGGAGAAUUAUCCCGGA